GGGCCGGGGCCGCGGCCGGGGCCGCCUGUCGCCGCCGCGCCCCAUGGCCUCCCGCGACAGCGAUGCCAUCUCCUGGUACCAGAAGAAGGUCGGGGCCUACGACCAGCAGAUAUGGGAGAAGUCCAUCGAGCAGACCGAGAUGAAGGGCCUCAAAAACAAGCCAAAAAAGAAAGGUCACAUUCAGCCCGACCUGAUCGACGUUGAUCUAAUCAGAGGCUCCACAUUUGCCAAAGCCAAGCCUGAAAUCCCGUGGACAUCACUAACUAGGAAGGGAAUUGUGAGGGUUGUAUUUUUUCCAUUGUUCAGCAAGUGGUGGAUACAGGUUACUUCCCAGCGUAUUUUUAUGUGGCUUCUGGUGCUCUACCUUAUGCAAGUGAUAGCAGUUGUGUUGUAUUUCAUGAUGCCUAUUGUGAGUGUGAGUGAAGUCAUGGGACCAAUGUGCCUUAUGUUACUGAUGGGAACUGUUCACUGUCAGAUAGUGUCCACCCAGAUAAACAAACCCUCAGGGACCAAUGGACUCAGCAGACGGCGGAGGAAAUUACGCAAAUCUGUGGGUGUUGACGGGAACAGUUGGUCUUCUCCUGACAAAGCCAGUAAAGAAGAGCAAUCAGAAUCUGCAUCCAUUCUUGACAAUCUGUUUGGCACACUCUUCCGAAGGAGAAUCAGAAGGGUAAAACUGGUAGCUGAAAAAGAGACAGAGACAGAAAAUGAUCCAAGUGCUGUGAAUAAUGGCAUUAAAUACAGACAUACCAGAUCGGAAUACAGGCUGUUGCCCUUCAAAGAGAAAAAUAAACUUUCCGAUGGGGAAAAGAGUCAUCAGGAUGAGUGUACCAACAUAGGUGGUAUUUCUGACGAGCUUUCGAGUGAGGAGGAUAUUGAAGCAAUGGCACAAAGGAGCAUGUUACAUCAGAGUGUAGAAGGGGCCUCCAGUGACAAUAGCUAUGAAGAUAAGAAAAAGAGGCCCCUUGUUUCCCUGAACCAGGCUGUCUCACAGGUCAAGAAAGCUCUUAAAGGUGCCAGAGACUCUGACAGUGUUGUGGAAUCUGAACUAGAAUCCACAUUAUAUAGUCAGGACUCAAGGUCCUGCGUUAGUACAGGAUCCCGGAGCUGUAGUGUGACCCGGAGAGACUCUGAAAGUACUCGCCAUGACUCUGAGACAGAAGACAUGCUUUGGGACGAUCUGCUUCAUGGGCCGGAGUGCCGUUCGUCCUGCACCAGCGACAGUGAGGAAGUGACUGUGAGAGGGGCAAGGCGGGACUUGAAGGAAGAUGUUUUCCAGCAGAACCAUCUGUUUUGGCUACAGAAUACAAGUCCAGCAUCUGCAAAAGUGAGUGCACUGAUCUGGGAAGGAAAUGACUGUAAGAAGGUGGACAUGUCUGUGCUGGACAUCAGUGGGAUUAUCAUGAGCAGGGUUAAUGCCUACCAACAGGGAGUUGGGUAUCAAAUGCUGGGCAACAUCAUCACCAUUGGAUUAGCAUUCCUGCCUUUCCUCUUCAGAUUAUUCCGCACAGAUAACCUGGAGCAGCUGUGCUCUGUUUCUGUAAAGGAGCUUUUGCACAUCUUUUGUGGAGCACCUGCUAGCACUCCUGUCAUUGUUUUGUCUGCUAUCAACUUCCUUGAACGACUUUGUUUAACCUGGAUGUUUUUCUUCAUGAUGUGUGUUGCUGAAAGAACGUACAAACAGAGGUUUUUGUUUGCCAAACUUUUUAGUCACAUUACAUCAGCUCGGAAAGCCAGGAAAUAUGAAAUUCCUCACUUCAGACUCAAGAAGGUAGAAAACAUUAAGAUCUGGUUAUCCCUUCGUUCUUAUCUAAAGAGGCGAGGCCCCCAGAGGUCUGUGGAUGUUGUCGUAUCGUCAGUCUUUUUACUGGCACUUUCAAUCGCUUUUAUAUGCUGUGCCCAGGUUCUUAAGGGUCACAAAACAUUUCUGAAUGCAGCUUACAACUGGGAGUUCCUGAUCUGGGAGGCAGCACUACUUCUCUUUUUACUGCGCCUGGCAUCCUUGGGCUCUGAAACCAACAAGAAAUACAGUAAUAUUUCGAUCCUGCUCACGGAGCAGAUAAACUUAUACCUAAAGAUGGAGAAGAAGCCAAACAAGAAAGAACAGCUGUCACUAGUAAACAAUGUUUUGAAAUUAUCUACAAAGCUACUGAAGGAAUUAGAUACACCAUUUAGGCUGUAUGGACUGACCAUGAAUCCAUUAAUCUACAACAUAACACGUGUUGUGAUACUUUCUGCUGUCUCAGGUGUUAUAAGUGAUCUUCUAGGAUUCAAUAUCAGAUUAUGGAAAAUUAAACCGUGAACUGACCAACAUCAGCAUUCAGCCCUCUCCAUCAGAAAGACAAGACCAGGGAAGAUAACUAAUGGCUUGGGCAAAAAUCAGGUGUUCAGAUUAUGGAAAUCUGUAACUACAAUUUCUUUAACAGAUUCUCAAAGUAUGUAUGUCUCAAAUGUUUUUGCCUCUGCUUUACUGUUCUACAACAUACAGAAUAAACUGGUCUAACUAGUAAAGUCACCCCAUGAUGUGCACAUGUAGUGAAACAAAACAAUGGGGCCAAAUACCAGUAGCUUGCACUGAAAACAGCAGAAACUGUGUGCACAUACUUUGGGGCAUUAAACACUAAAAGCCCUGCUACAGCUCAUACUGAAAGGAAACAUGCUUGCUGCACAUGCCUCGUUUCUUUGAGAUCUGAAUCCUGUGCACAUGACUGGUGAGAAGUCAAUCCUGCUGUAUCAAUUAGUAGCAUACUUUUUUAGAGAGCUCUAGAGCUGUACUCACAUUUUUCAAAUUUCUGCAGGCUUUUUCAAAGCUCUUCUCAGAUAGAUCAAGUCAUACAUAGAUGCAUUUCUCUGAAAGUGCUGAAGAAUAUUUCUUUACUGAAAAGCUCAGUGUGCUUUAGGCUUUGCCUCUUUAUCCUGAGCUACUGAAGGAUGCAGUGAACUUCAAUCUGCAUAGGAUGAACAUUUCUUCCAUGUUAACAAUUCAGCUUGCAGCUGCAUAGCAGAAGUGUAACAGAUUAAUGCAGAAUGGUUUAUGUUAGUCUUCUGAAAUAAAUGAAUUUUUUUGGAAAACAUUAGUUAUGUGAAAACAACCUUACUACACAGACUACAAGCAUCUCUCAACUAAAGAAUACUGCUGUGAUCAUUCCCUGUGACUUCUCAGCUAUGUAUGUACUGAUGCUGCUGCUUAGGUUUUUGCACUCGGUGGGCAGUUAAUAGCUUGUGCUAGGUAGAAAGGACAUCCUGUCAUAACCUCUUCUGACAACCAGCUUAACUCAGUGUUCUGGAAAGCUGUUGAGGAUUUGCAAAAAAGAUCUGUUGUGAAGAUCAGGUUAGUGGAAGAGACAUGACAAAGACUUUCUCCCUUAAAAAGUAGAUUAUUAUACAGAAAUGGCACAGGAGAGGAAACAAAAUGUUUUAAUGACAUAUGUUAAACUUAUGUUUUCCUUCAGUUUUGGUACCUCUUGCUAUCUUCUAGUAUGUUAGUAAUGAAAAAAAGAAAAAAAAAAACCAGAGGACCUUUUCAUAGCUUCAUUCAUAGGAGAUAAGACAGAAAAGGAGUUUUUGGUAGUAAAUUGUUUACAGUUAUUUUCUGUACAAAGAAAGGUUGGAAGAUGUAAAAGAUGUGACAUUUUUUUAUAUCAAAAUGUACAAAUAAACCUACCGUACAAGUAUUUCAUCAUAAACAAUUUAUGCUACAUGUUUUGAUUUUUUUUUAUAUUACCUUUGUUGAACAAUUGUUACCUGAACAAGGAGGCAAGGAAACUUCCAAUAAUAAAUUGCAUUUGUUUUCCAGAAGAGUAUUAUGCUUAUGGGUAAAACUUGGGUCAUAUAGUUAGCUGUAUCACACCACUGAAAGUCAACAAUUUAUACAGUGCAGAAUCAACAGACCAUGAACUGCAGUUUCUUUUUUAAUAUCUAUAUAAAAAAUAAUGAGCAAUUUACAGGUCUUUCUCUAGUCAGAACCUCAGAAGUAUAUAUAAAGGUGCUGUACAAUAUAUAAACAUUUACAACCAGUACAUCCAUACGUUGCUUAGCAUUCCAAGGCCACAUUGCUAAGUCAUCUGAUACAGGAAAUACAGAUACAAAUCCUCUGAAAGGAGAAAUCACAGACAGGUAAGACACUAAAUUAGGUCAUAUUAACAGAAAAAAUAUAUGGGUAAUUUAUGAGGGGGAAAUCCUUUCAGUGGUGCUAAUUCAUUUUCACAUUAGAACUUCUGAAUUUGUUACUGUACUCAGUGGUAGGGCGGGUGUGUACAACUCAAGAUAAACAGUCUCUUGUCAAGAAUACAUGGUUAAUACCUACAUAGGCUACUUCAAAUUAUUAAAUAUUUUCACAGUCAUACUCCGCAACAUGGAGUAUUUGUACAUAUGCUACAGCAAUCAAUGAAUCAUCCAACAUGAAGCAGCAGAGUGCGGUUCAGAUUUGCCGUAAAGCCUAUUUAAUUUUCAAAAGUGUUUGUUUAAAAACCUGCUUGAGUAGUCAUCUAUACUUCUAAAGAAUUGUUCA